CAGAAAGAGUCUUCCCCUGCUCAGGACACGUACUCUCCUUGCUGCCACGUUUUGAUACCACCAGUUUUCCCUGGGGGCAUGGCUAUCUUCUUUAAUUUGCGUCUAUUGGUCUUCCAUAUAUAGUUCACAUAUUAGAACGAUCAACAACAUAGUUGUAAGAUCUUGAAGUAUUUGCUUGAAUUCCAUCUUGGGCUCUGUUUGUUUGUGACAUACGAAGUUGAAAAACACUCGUGUUUAAUUUGGAAGGAAAAAGAGAGAGAGAUCAUGGAAAAGAGAGUUGUGGUGACCAUGAUCAUGGUGAUGGUGCUAUGGGUGGAAGGGUGUUGGUGUUGGAGUGCCAGUAGCGCUACUGAGGACUUGAUGGAGAGCACGAAGGAGAGAGUGAGUUUGGCAGCGGAGGAUGCAAGGGCCAAGGCUGAAGAGAUGAAACAUGGUGCGGCAGAAACCAUGCAAGAUGCUGAGGAGAAAGGAAAGUCCUGGACCGGUUGGGCUUAUGAAAAGUUCACUGAUGGAAUUGGAUUGGAUCAAGAAAAUGCUAGAGAUGGGGCUCAAAAUCUGAUGGAUAGAGCUGGAGAUGCUGCCUCAAAGACCACAGAUACUAUGAAUUCUGUUGCAUCCGAAACUGCAAGGUAUGCCUCUCUAAAGGCUGGUGAGGCAGCAGAGAUGGCCCAUGAGAAGGCGGGUGACAUAAAGGACUUUGCCUCAGAGAAAGCCGGCAGAGCCAAGCAAAUGACUUCCAAUAUUAAAGCUAGUGAUGCCAAGGAAAGAUUGUCUGGAGCAAUGGAAUACGGAAAAGAUAAUCUUGAGGAUGCCUAUGAUGAAGUUAAAGAGAAGUGGAGCAUUGCUAAAGACAAGGUUUUAGAUGGAGCAAAUAACAUGGAAGACACGGUGGGUGAAGCAUUACGAAAUGCGAAAGAUAAAGCAGCAAAUGCCUAUGGAGAUGCUAGCCAGAAUAUGAACACAGUCACAGAUGAGGCUUAUGAUGCUGAAGAAAGAAUGGGGGAAGCAGUGAAUUACGGAAGAAAUAGAGCAUCUGAUGCCUAUAACAAGGCUUCGAAUAUUGCCUCGGAUUGGGCGAAUGAUUCCAAAGAGGCUGUAUCAGGAGCAAUGGAGCACGGAAGAGAUCGAGCUGCGGAUGCUUAUGAUGAAGCCAAGAAGUAUACAAAAGAGGAUUCAAAUAUGGCUUCAGAAAAGGCAGGUGAUGCAAAGGAUGCAAUUUCAGAAGCAAUGUGGUAUGGGAAAGAGAAAGCAUCUGAUGCCUAUGAUGUAGCUAAAGAGGAGGUCUUCAGGAUUUCAAAUAUAGCCUCGGACAAGGCUAACAAAGCCAAGGAAGCUUCGGCAGGAGCAAUGGGGUCUGGAAGAGGUGGUGAGAGAGAUGCUUUUGAUGAAGCUAAAAGUCAUAAGGCCAAUUAUGAAGCUGCCAAGGAGAAGCUGUCAAAGGCCACUGGUGAUCUUGGAGAUAAGAUGAGAAGGGAGUCUGCUGAUCUAUGAGCGGAACCACCAAUGAAGCACAGUAUCUUCAUCUGUGAGUCAUUGUCAUUACUCUUUAAUUAGUUUUUUGUUUUUUCUUUGUUUUCUAAAAACAUGUUCUCCUGAACAUCUAUUAGAGAUUGUACCCAAUAAAUUUAAUAGUGUAAUGCUUGUUUUCUUUUCUUAUCAAUUAAUUAGGCCUCUUUACUUUCUAGCAUUCUAAAUAAGAUCACAGCUUGUUUUCUCA